AUGUGGCUCCGCCGUGUCCUCCGCAUCCUUCCCGCCGGCGGCGAAGCCUUCUCCUCGAAAUCCGCGGUUCGACGCAGCAGCGACACCGCCGCCACGUCAAAUGCGAUCGCUACCCUCGUCGCCGCGGCCGGUGGCGGCGGUGUCGGGAUCAGCAGCCUGGAGGCCGACCUCGACCGCCUCGACCCGCCCCUCUCGGACGCCGUCGUGUCGGACACCCUCCGGGCGCUCACGGAGCGCGGCGUCCCCGCGUGCCGCUUCUUCGCCUGGCUCUCCCAGCACAGAGGCGUCUCCCCGAGCGCCCGCGCCCACAACCUGCUCGUCGAGAACGCCGGCAGGCUGGCCGACUACCCGGCCAUGGCCCGCGCCCUCGCGCGUGUCUCGGAGCGGCGCCUCUCCCUCACCGAGCAGGCGUUCGCGUUCCUGAGGGCGUCCUCCUCCGGGAGCAGCGUGGAUGGCGCGGCGAAGGCGACCCUACAAACCUUGGACGCCACCGGCGGGCCGUGCCGCGCGUCCGGCGUGUUCUCGCUGGUCAAGGCCCUGGCAUCGGCCGGCGAGUUCGACGCGGCCGUGUGGGUGAUCGAGGAGACGGCGAGGAGGGCGAGCUACUACAACGUCCUCCUGGCUGCCAAGUGCAGGGCCGGAGAUUUCCAGGGCGCCCGAGAGGUGUUCGACGAAAUGAGGAAGGGGAAAUGCGACCCAAAUUCCAACUCCUGGAACUACCUCCUCGGGUGCCUGCUCAAGAACGGAAGGGCCACCGAAGCGUGCGACCUCGUCGAGGCCAUGGAAAGGCCUGAACACGACGGUGUCCCGAACUCGCUGACUUACGAGAUCCUCGCGUGCCACGCCUGUAAAGCGGGAAAGAUGGAUUCGGCGAGGCGGAUUCUCGACCAGAUGUUCUUGGAAAAGCUGACGCCAAGGAUUACAAUUCACACUGCCUUCAUCAAAGGGUACUUCUGUACCGGGAGAAUGGAAGAUGCUUGCGAGUAUGUCAGGGCUAUGAGCACCAGGGACAGGUGCUCUGUCAACAGGAACUACAGCUUGCUCGCCAAGCUGUUCCGGAAGUCAGGUAGGACCGUCGAGGCUGGAAGGGUCCUGUACGAGUUGAUGAUGAUGGGUCUCAGGCCUGACCAUUCUUCUUAUGUUAAGGUGGCAAAAGAUUUGCAUAAGAUGGGCAGGGGAGACCUGGCUGCUGAAUUGAAGACCUUGUAUCAGGGGUUUGUUGUACAGACAGGUUUGGAGCGCUGAUUUCUUUUGUUCUUCUGUCAAGGCACUUAGAUGGGUCAAAUUUGUUUGCCAAAGAAGACAUUUCAUCUGCGGUUGGUGCCCUUCACUCGUCUCUAUCCCAUGUGGGAGUCGAUAAACUUUGCUGCAACUCAAAAGGACGUCUCCUACUCUGUACAGAGAAGAAAAAAUUAAUUAUCUCUGAGAAAGCCAGAUAUUGAUGAAACAAAUACAUAAAUGUGUGAGACAG